AACCGCCACCGAAACCUGAAUUUUCACUGUUUCCCCUUUCGCCAACAACACAAACUACACUAGAAGAAGGAUUUUCACAGUACGUCUGAUCUGUUCGUUCAUUUGAAGUAAAAGCUUCCAGUAAAAGAAAAAACCAGAAACCCCAUAUGGGAAGUAAUGCAGUGGAGAAUUCGAAGAGUGCUGAAGAACUCCAGCGAGAGAUCGAAGAGCUCCACCGCCAGCAACGAGAGAUUACUGACAGGCUUAGGGACCCGAGAGGCCUCCGUAGGGGAGCCUUGUCCGGUGCCGGCCUUCGGAACUUCGCCGCCAAUGGGGCCCGCCAGCGAGGUUUUGUUCGAACGGCUGAUAGGACUGACGUUGAAGAUCAACCAACGGCUAAAAGAAGACUCUUGUCGGCUGUGGUCAAGUUGGAGGAUGGAGAGAUCAAUGAGCACGCGGGAAGAAUGAAGGAUGCAGGUCAAGAGGAAAGUGGUGCAGCUAAUCAGAGUGAUCCAUCUGAUUUGCAGCAUGGGGGCUGUUUGAGAGCGGAGGGACAUAAGAAAGUUGCAAAGAUGGAUAACUCAAUGCUGGUAGUGGAGCAUGUUCCUAGGAUUUUGCCAAAAGAUGAGGAUCCAAGCUUGGUUAAUAGAAAUAAGAGAAUGCUGGGGCAACUUCUGGGGACUUUAGAGAAAUUCAGGAAAGAAGAUAUGCAGCUUGCAGGAACAGAGGCAUACAGGCAGAGGUCAAAUGCUUUGCAGAGAGCUGAGCAAAGAGCACGUGAAGAAAGUGAAAGGCUGAGGCUACAAGAGCGUGAGCAAAUUGCGGCAAAGAGGAGGAGAGAUCUGACUCUUAGGGCACGAGUUGCAGCCAAGGCAGAAGAGAAAAAGUUGGAAUUGCUAUUUCUUCAGUGGACUGAGCACCAUAAAAAGCUUAGCAAUUUUACAAGGACCAAGAUGGAGCCUCCAAUUUAUUAUUUACCUGCCAAACCACUGGAUGAAGAUGCAACCUUACUUGAGCAGUGUAGGGAACAGGAAUUUUCGAAGUGGAAAGCUGCUCGGAGAGAAGAACUGUCCGAAUAUCAGAAGCAAAUCUCAGAACACUAUGUUGCUAACGUUGAGAAGGAACUGGAGAGGUGGCAAAAUGCUAGAAAAGCUCGGAAGGCAAACAAUGAUAUGUUGAACUUGCAGGAAACAAUGGACAAAGAAUUAGACACUCAUAGGCUUGAGCAUGGUCCCAAGCCAAGUAAGAUUCCGGGUGGUAGCAAUAACGAAGAUGAAGAUGAUGUGGAAGAUAUCAAUGUUGGGGAGGAUGACAUUAUGGAUGACGUGCUGGAUGUUGAUGACAACAGGAGAGUUGAUGAAUCUGCUAAGCUAGAAGCAGGUAAUACCAACCCUCAUCCUGAAAAUAUAGAAAGCGGUAGCUGAAGCCUAACACCGCUAGUUUAAAUCUUAAUAAAACUGUUUAUCUUUUAGCUAUUUUAAGGCAAUUUUUUUUCGUUUUAUUGCCUUUAGUUUAUUUUCCAUUUGUGUUAUAUCUUAAUCUUCAUUGGUUUUGUGGGUUUUGCGUGUUCUAUAUGAGCUUAAUUAUUUUUCUUAACAUAACAUGUUUUACCUCACUUGGAGAACAAUGAGGCAACAAAUAAAUACUGUUUGUUAUGAAA